UGUGUACACAUUCAUUUUACAUUUUACCAAUGGUUAAAAAAUGUGUUGAGAUAGCUUUAACAGCGAAACUUUCUCCUUCAUAACUUCUUCUAGUUCUAAUUACAAAGUACUUCUACCUAAUUACAAAGUAUGUAGUUAGUGCCUGCUGUCGACGUUAUUGAUUUUGAUGAUCUGUGUGUGAGGAAACUUUUACCACAGUGCUAGCUAGCCAGUGCUAGUUAGCCAGCUAUCAAGCAAUUUAGGAAAAUUCAGCUAGAUAUCACAGCUGAAGAAGCAUGAUGAAACACAAACAUAGGUGGUGUCAGACUCCCCCUUCUGUCACUGUCCGAAUCAAAGCCCACACUGCGCACACCCUCCAGAUCAAGAGAGGGCUUCGACUGAAGAGAUCCAACGUCGAAGAGGCCCAAGGGCCGCCUGGCAAGAGUCAACCUAGUCGGCGACAAGAAGAGGUCUCUUUGACCAAGCUGUCCUGGGGCCCAACACUUGUGAUACAGCGAGAAGAGAUGGCAGCUUUCUUCAGAGUUUUUGAAGACGAUUUGAUACAAGACUUUCUGUGGAUGGACUGCUGUUGUAAAAUCACGGAUAAGUACCUACUGGCCAUGACUUUUGUCUACUUUAAACGAGCUUGCUUCAGCAUCAGUGAGCACAACCGAAUGAACUUUUUUAUUGCACUUUACCUCGCAAACACCAUGGAGGAGGAUGAAGAGGAAAGCAAGUACGAGAUCUUUCCCUGGGCACUGGGGAAGAGCUGGAGGAAGCACUUCCCCCGCUUCCUCAAGCAAAGAGACAAACUGUGGGCACGCAUUGAGUACAGGGCUGCUGUCAGUCAUCGCUGCUGUGAGGAGGUCAUGGGCAUUGUACCCACUCAUUUCAUCUGGCAGCGAGAACGAGCAGAGCACCACAGUGGUGCCAGGAGACAGUAUGGAGAACGGGCACCAGUCCACAUGCCCCGCGGACCUUCUGCUUCCCCGGCCCCCUGUGCCCUCUGUGCCCAUACCUCCAGCCUGGGCCUGUCCUCAUCUACCUCAGGAACACCCUCUUCACCCUCCAUGUCCUCCCCGCUUCCCUUUGCCCUCGCUUUCUCCCUGGAGACGACUCCUCCUAGGGUCCAGGCUGUUUCCUGCAGGGCUGGCCCCAAGACCAAAAUCCAGUCCCAGCGCCCCUGCUGCUGUGCUGAGGAAGCCCCGAGGUAUGAGUCUGACUGUGGGGCUGGAAAUGACGCUUCCAUGGACUGGAUCAAUGAGGAGUAGAAAGUCAAACUUGCUGUAAAACUACAUUUCCCAGUCCGGUCAGUUCUUAAGUAC